AAUUAUAAUUUUGUGAAUAAUUUCACGCUGAACGUACAGUACAGCAUCAGCUGCUCUUUUGCAUACCAUCCCAAAACACCAUGCUUGAGCUAGUAUGAUGGCUUUUUUGAGAAUGCAGCGCUCCUCUAUUUUGACCGUUCUUUUGGUUCUUGCGUUGCUGGGACAGUUGGGUCAGUCACGCCGAGUGCGCCUGCGGACAGGAACUAUUGACGUCGGCCGGACAGCGCAACGCGCAACCGUGGCUUCCGCUGGUGGCAACAACAACGGCGGCGCUAAUGUCUCGUCCAUAUCCAAAGCUGAAGCCUUGGCCUAUCGCUCUCGGGCAGCCUGGGGUCAGACGCCCUCGCUUCGCCUAUACCUUGUAUCGUACGGCACCGAUGACGUCGCUGCAGCACAACAGCAAGCCGGCAGCAAAGUACGGGCUGCGCUGCUGUCGCUCGACGCAAGUAUUCUGUCGUACAUUCCGGAGAAUACCCUCCUGGUUGCCGCACGUCCUAAGGACCUUGAGCGGGCAAUCAACAUGACCGGGGCUACUGCGGUCGAGUACGGACCGGAACAUUGCAUUGCACCUGAGUGGGCUCCGCUGCUGCAAGCUGCCGCCAGUAGCGGCAGCAGUAGCAGUAGCUUCAACAGCAUUAGCAGCAUCAGCAACAGCGAUACGAGUUCGGGACUCACAACAUCGCCGCCGCCGUCGACUCAGCAGCGGCGACGGCAGCAGCGGCGACACCUGCAAACCGUACAGGACACUCUACGGCACUUAUCGGCGGAAGCGGUUGGGAUCUACAACGGUCUUGAUGACGUCAGCAGCGGCAGUCACGGCAGCAACGGCGACAGCAGCAGUCAGACAUCCGAAGCCGUACAUAGGGACAGCACCGCCGACGGCGUGAUACCUGAAAGGGAAGGAGAUUCCAGCGGCGAGGGCAGCAGGAGCAGCAGUGCCGUAGAAACAUUGUACAACGUGCACGGUACGGCAGAUGAAGGCGGGGCCGACGCCGUAUCAGCAGCAGUUGUGGCAUCCAGGGCGGCGUUGCUAGCACAGAUGCGAACCUUCAAUCCAGAAGCCGUGUUUGGGGGUCGGAAGCACGAGCAGCGGCGGCGGCGGAGGCUCGCGAAGGUGACGUCAUCAUCAGCGGCGGCGGCGUCCUCUGGGGCCGCCGCCGCGUUGCCACCGCUGUACGAACUGAGUGUGCAGAUGCUGCCGGGGCUGCCGGCGGCGGCGCUGGCGGCGGCGGAAGCCGACUGGCCGGCGGCGCUGGCGAGCGCUACGGCGGCGGCGCCAGCGGCCCAGAAUACGACAUCCGGAAACGUCAGCAGCGAUGGCAGCAGUAGCAUUAGCAGCGGCGCAUGUUUACCGCUGGUCGUCGCUGUCCGAGGGUUAGAUGGGAAGAUCAUAGCUGGCAGCAGCGGCGGCGGUGGCCCCUGGCUGCAAGUGUUCAUGUGCGAAAAGGACCUGGCUGGGGGUGUGCAGUGGCUGGCUGCCCAGCCCGUGGUGCGGUGGGUGGCUCCGCGACCGCGAAUGAGCCGCCGCAAUGCGAGAGCCUCCAUCCUGAUGCAAACAGGUUCGCUGACGCUUGCGCAGUACAACGAGCCCAUUGGGUCGCGGUUGUCCGGGGCGGACCCCUCGAGGCGGCCGUACUGGGCUGCGGGAGUAGACGGAAGCGGGGAGGUGGUGGGGUUGGGCGACAGCGGCAUAGAUCUAGACUCGUGCUACUUUGCUGACGGCGUGUGGCUGGCCAACGCAACAGCCGGUAGCACAAGUGGCGGUUACAAGUCGUUGCUCAGCGGUUACCCGCAACGGAUGGUGCUGCCGGGGCAUCGCAAGUUGGCGCAGUAUUGGCUGGCCCCAGGUUCCGAUUUCGGCGACAACCCGCUGGAGGCAGGCGGCCACGGCUCCCACACCUCUGCCACGGUCGCCGGUUCAAUUCUGGCCGACGACAGCUGUCCCGCGGGUCCCUUUCUCGAGGACAGCGGCAGCGGCGCCGCGCCCCGCGCCCGCGUGUCCAUGGUGGACAUGUGCGGGCGGGGGGACGAUGGCGUGUUCCAUGUGCCCAUGUCCCUGGAGCUCAACUACCUGCCGAUCCACACCUCUGCCGGCGCGGCCAUCACCAGUGACUCCUGGGGCUCCGUGUACAACGUGUAUGACGUUGAUGCCCAAGCUUUCGACACCUUCCUCUGGCGCAACCCGGACGUCAUCUCCUUUGUGGCGGCCGGGAACAACGGCACCGACGCCCUCACCCCCGGCGGCUCCAUCGGCUCCCCCGCCACGGCUAAGAGUGUGGUGGCGGUGGGCGCCUCGGUGCGGAUGCCGGUGGAGGCGCGCAUGGGGUACCGAGCGCUGCUGGUGCGCGGCUGGAGGAGCGGCGGCAGCGGGAGGGAGGAGGCGUGGCGAGUGGCGGUGUAUCCCCGCGAGAACCUGUACCUGCCCACCCUCUCGUACGUGCUGACCACUGGGCUGGAGGUGCCGCUGGUCGCCGCCUCCCCCCUCACCGCUUGCUCCCCCCUCACAAACACAGCCGCCUCCCUCCAGGGGGCUAUCGUUCUUGUCAUGGCGGGAGGCAACUGCCUGCCGUACCAAAAGGUGCAGGCGGUGCUGGCGGCGGCGGGCGGCAAGGGAGGCACGACGGUGAAGGCGGUUGUGUUGGUUAAUAAUGUACCGCUCAUGCCGGAUGAUGGGCCGGAUAUUACCAUACCUGGUACGGCAACGGCCGCGGCGUAUAUUCCCGUGUCGUACAUCUCUCAGGGCCUGGGCGCCUGGUUCCUGGGCAACAUCUCAUCCGGCCUCAUCAGCCUCACACUGACGGCCACCGUGCUGCCUGUCGGUGUGGACAGCAUCCCCUCCUUCUCCUCCUACGGCCCCAUGUCGGACGGCCGCAUCAAGCCCGACCUGGUGGCUCCGGGCGCCGCCAUCACCUCGGCGGGGGCCAAGGGGGGCGUCACGGGUGGUCUAUGCUCCUCACUGCAGGCCAACAUGAGUGGGACCUCCAUGGCCACACCCCAGGCCGCCGGUCACACUGCCCUGCUGCGACACUACCUGCGGGCCGGCUUCUACCCCACUGGGUCGCCCAACGACACUGCCUCGGCGCCCUUUGUGCCCUCAGGGCCCCUCAUGAAGGCAUUGCUCAUAGCUGGAGCCAAGGCGCUCACGGGAGGUUUGGGCUUCGCCCUGGGUCAAACUCUGGGUCCGCCGCCUGACGGCUUCCAAGGCUGGGGCCGCCUUAACCUGGCAGGCAGCCUGCCGCUCAAGGGCGUCACCGACCCGCGGGUCGCUCUCCAGCUGGCGGACCGGGGACAGUUCACCAGCAGCGGCCAGGAGGUGGUGCUGCGGGGGCUGGUGGCGGCGGGGACUGGGCCCGUCACUGUCGUACUCAGCUGGUACGACUACCCGGCUGAUCUGAACUCCGACACGCAACUGGUUAACAACCUCGACCUAACCGUGGAGGUUGGGUCGGCAACAGCAUCAGCAGCGGCGACUGUGGUCCUGGGAAACAACGCGGAGGAUGCGGCCUCCCAGGUUGCUGACCGAGUCAACACGGUGGAGCGAGUGCUGCUGUCCUCCCCGCCAGCCGGCGCCCCCCUCACCAUUCGCGUCAAGGCAACCAACCUGCCCUCCGUGCUCAUGAGCGGAUAUGAUGCGGCAAUGCCGCAACGGUUUUCGGUUGCGGUGGUUGGCCACGUCAACGGCACACUGGUUUCGGAGCUGAAUCCGGCUUAUGUUCGACAGCAGCAGCAGCCGCUGCAGCAGUCCCAACAAGCCAAGCCGCCGCCCCAAGCCUCGUCGUCGCCUCCACCGUCCCCGCGACCUUUUCCAUCCCCGUCCUCGCCUCCACCGCCGCCCCCACCCAAGUCCUCACCACCCCCUCGGCCCCCGCCUCCUUCGCCACCGCCUCCUCCUCGACUUUCGUCGCCUCCGCCCUCGCCUCCGCCCUCGCCUCCGCCACCGUCGCCUCCGCCCUCGCCGCCACCACCGUCCCCGCCGCCACCGCCACCGCCGUCCCCCUCACCUAACCCUCCCUCACCAUCACCCAAACCCCCCUCACCGCCCCCUAAACCUCCCUCGCCAGCUCCCAAGCCUCCCUCACCAUCACCCAAACCCCCUUCGCCGUCCCCCAAACCCCCCUCACCACCGCCACCUCCUCCUCCACCCCCUCCGUCGCCCUUACCUCCGCCACCGCCUCCUCCACCUCCUCCUUCGCCCCCACCACCAUCCCCCACGCCUCCUCCUCCUCGCACCCCACCUCCCUCCCCACCUCCGCCCCCCUCGUCCUCAGCUCUUCGCCAGCCGCCGCCCUUCCCCCGCCCUGCGCCUCGCCCCCGCCCCACGCCGCCCACCUCUUCUACCCCCCUUACCGCCUCCUCCACCCCCACUACCAAGAAAGCUUCAGCUCAACGGGUCCAGCUGUAGCAGACUACUGCGGAAUUGUAGCCAGGGCUGUAGCAGACUGCCGUACCGAGAUGGAGCAGCUCGCUGAACGCGUUGGCAUUCUGUAGCAGCCGGAUGCUUUGCACAGUGUCAAGUUGGCGCCGCCUGCUAAACUGCCUGAAGCAGUAGAUAGGGUAGUCCGCUAGCUCAGCGGUGCCAGUCCUAACCCCUCGGAACACUACCGUACUUACAUGUGCGCCUAUUGCCGUAAUCGCUGAUUACCAUCCCUGAAUUAUUUAACAUUCUUACGAUCAGAUGCGGAAAAACACGUGAUAUGAUUAUCCGUAAAACGGAAGAGCGGUUAGGCCGGUUACUGCAGCCGCGUUGGGCUGAAGGGGUUACUCGGGAAGCCGGAAGGGCGAUGUAUGCGGUCAAUUUUCACUUGCUGUGGUAUGGAGAUGAAGGGGAUCAAAGAAGAAUGGAUGCCCAGGAUGAGGGGGGAGGACUAAAGGUAGACCCUCUUAAGGAGGGGACGACGAGGUGUGACGAUUGCUGCUUUUCUCGGUUAAAGUUAUGUGGUCUUGUUGCUAGCGGGUGCUAUAUAAGCAGCAGGGAGGGGCUUGGCCUGGUGAUUUCCGCAUAUGAGUGUAAAGCUGCGUGGCUGCUAGGAGGUUAACUCUUUUGGGUUAAGGCUUUGAUUGUCGUACCAUUUUUCUGACCGCUGUACGACAGUACGACAUGGGCCGGUAUGUUACGGCAUAAAUCCUUCACUGUGCGAGCGGGAGAGCGAGCAAGUGAUGAGCAGGCGAGUAGCAGGCAAUUGCUGACGGCGCACGUUUUAGUACACACUUAUUGAUUGCUCCUCACGUGCUUUGGUUGAUAACUGCUAGUUGAUGACAUCGCUCCGGUGUUCCGGUGUUUGCCGUGCGCUUGUGCUGCUUUCGAACCGAUGUACCGCUCUACUGCUGCUGCUGCUGCUGCUGCUAUGACCCGUAGAGCGCGUCUAGAGCCUUAACUAGCGUCUCGCUUUUUUAUAUAUGCUUGUGAAUGCUUGUGGAAGCAGGAGGAGGAGGUUAAGUUUAGGGAGGGCAUUCGUGCAUGUGAAGGAUGUCCGAUUAGCAUGCUGCUAAAUGUCUGGGAAUUACUCCCAGCGCCAUUUGUGUGAAGCUGCACGUACUCGGCUGCCGUACAUGCGGUCGGGACCCCCGUGGGUGUAGUAAGUUGUUGGCGAGGUUGUUGGCGGAGCACAUUGGUGCCAUUGGGUGCGUGGUUUUAUGGGCGAGCAUGGAUUCAAUUACUAAUUUCCAGUUGCUGUUCCCGUUACCGUUACCGCCACACGCAAGGCAUGCAGUACGGAUUCGCAAGCCCUGUCGUACCUGCUUUCGCAGGGCCAUGUGGGGAUGCAUGGUCACUACUGUUUACGUACUUGAGCGCUUGGCUUGGCUUGGAAACCGCUUGAAAACCUGUGGCGGUGUACUCUGGUUUACUCUCUUUUGCAGGGUGCUCUUUGACCGUUUUGACCUGGGCGGGGAAUUGAAUUCUCCCUGUGUUGUGGCCUAUCUAGCUUACAUGGUCUGUGUAUGAGAGCUUAAUGGGGGGUGCCGGGGGGCUGAAAUAGCGCCCCCCUCGUGUUUCAUUCUGGCCUCAUCAGCAUCAGCAUCCCGUUUCCAUUCAUUUGUGUAAUUUGAAUGCGAAUGGUGCUUGCUGUUAUGCGCGUACGGUAUGUGGGGUACGAUCGGCACGUGCGGUGUGUAGCGCGUGCGAGACUGCCGUGUCAAGUCCAAGCGUGCGUGAUGAUGCAGUUGUGCGUGCUGUUGUUAUUGUUGACUCGCGAGCAGCCGUUGGAAGCUCCUCGCGGCGUUGCGAUGAAAACGACGAAAGCCACAGGGCAAGGUCUUGACGGAGGGCAUUAGGAUGCCGACUCGUAGUUUUAUGAAGUUAAUGUUUUCGGGUUGUGCUAAGUUAGGCUUCGUGCUAAGGGCCUUGAACAUGAAACGCGGGGUGGGGACCCAUGGGUGCGUUUCGGGUACAAGCGGUGUGGUUCUCAUGCAUGGGACAGAUGGCAACGACUGAACCAUGGGUCAUUCGAUGGG